AUGAAGCUUCUUCCUUCUUCUCUGUUCAAGAACACAGCACCAGCACCAGAGCCAAAGUCUUCUUCUUCCUCUUGGCCCUGGCCUUCUUGUACCCAAACCAGGACCAUCUCCUUCAGAAUUCCCGGAAACGAUAUGUUCAAGACCAUAAACUCGGCUUACUUCGACACCAACACACCGGAAUCCUUCUUCACCAACUCCUCCGAGGGGUGUGCGAGUUUCUCCACAACAGUGUCUGAAGAAGACUCCUCGGGCGGAGGAGGAGAUCCGAUAGAGACUGUGAUCAACAAAGGGUUGAGAUCAGAGCGGCUCUUCUUCGAUCCUGGUGAGACCAGCUCUAUUUUAGACAAGGACUCUAUCAAGGCUCGUGAAGAAGAAGAAGAAGAAGAAGAAGACGAUGAUGGGAGUGUGGCUUUGUCCAUGGACUCGCCGGACCCUUAUGUGGAUUUCAGAAAAUCCAUGGAGGAAAUGGUGGAAGCUCAUGGUUUGAAGGACUGGGAACAUCUUGAAGAGCUUCUGUGUUGGUAUUUGCGGGUCAAUGGAAAAUCAAACCAUGGAUAUAUAGUUGGAGCUUUCGUUGAUCUUUUGGUAGGUCUCGCAUUCAGCACUAGCAUUCCUCCUCCUUCUUGUUCAUGUAGUGAGUACUCUCCUUCUACUCCUUUGUCUUUUUACACCAGUACUACUUCCUGUUCAUCUUCUUCUACCUCCACUCCUUGUGUGUCCUCCAUUGGACCCGAGGACGGAUCAGAAAUGAGUACCAGCACCAUUCCCUAUUUGUCUUCCCUGUUAGAAGCUGAGGAAGAGAUUAACGAAGAAGAUGACGAUGAUGAUGAUGGUGCUUCAUCUUAGCUUAACUAUUCAGGUGUCUCUGAUUAAUUAUUGCAAAUAUAUGUAUACCAGUAGUUGAGUGAUAGUGAAAUUUAACUUUCUCUUGAUGACUCUCUCAUGUUUCUUUCUGUGUCUUCAACAAAGCUAAAUCCGUGUGGUGAAU